AUGAUUGCGUCGCGGGCGAAGACACCUCUCAAGGUGGUCAUUGUUGGUGCCGGUCUCGGUGGUAUGGCCGCAGCAUUGACGCUAGGUCAACGAGGACAUCAUGUUGUGAUUCUCGAAGCAGCGCCGAAGCUCAUGGAAGUUGGAGCUGGUAUCCAGGGCUCUCCCAACAUGCUGACACUAUUCGAUAGAUGGGGCGUAUCCCCGCUGGUACACGCCAAGGACAUUGCCUUGGAACAGAUCCAUAUCCGCCGGUGGCAGGACGGGAGUCUUCUCGGCACGAUGCCCGUGAACAAGACCUACGGCCAGCAAGUCGUCGUCCACCGUGCUGACCUCCACGAUGCCCUCAUCGAGAAGGCCCUGGCGCUGGCGAACGUCGACCUGCGUGUCAACUCCACCGUCACCAACGUGUCCUUCAGCCCUCCCUCCGUCACCUUGGCCGACGGCACCGUCGUACACGGCGACGUCGUCAUCGCUGCCGACGGAAUCAAGUCCGUCAUCCGGGACCAGCUCCUCGGCGACGCCGCCACCAAGGCCGUCCCCACCGGCGACGCCGCGUACCGCAUCAUGCUCCCGCGCGGCGCGAUGGAGAGCGACCCGGAGCUGCGCGACCUCAUCGACGAGCCCCAGGCCACCCGCUGGAUCGGACCCCACCGCCACAUCAUCGCCUACCCGGUCCGCAACCACGAGCUGUACAACAUCGUCCUCCUGCACCCGGACCAGCACGACGUCGAGGAGUCGUGGACAACCAAGGGCUCGAAGCAGAGCAUGAUCGACCACUACCGCGGCUGGGACCGCCGCGUCACCAAACUCAUCGACAUGGUCCAGGACGACGAGGUGCUCGAAUGGAAGCUCCCCUACGUCGGUCAAGGCGCCGCCCAAGCCGUCGAAGACGCCGCCACCCUCGGCGUCCUCCUCUCCCUCAUCUCCUCGCGCAGCGAGAUCCCGCGCGCGCUGCACGCCUACGAGAAAUCCCGCAAGCACCGCGCCGAGACGGUGCAGCAGUCCGGCACCGCCAACCGCAUCACGCUGCAUCUGCCCGACGGGGCGGAGCAGCGCGCGCGCGACGAGCAGUUCCGCGCCUCGAUGGACGGCGCCGCGAAUCCGGAUAAGUGGGCGGAUCGGGAGACGCAGGAGUUUCUGUGGGGGUGGGAUGCGGAGAACGCCGCGCUGGAGGCGUGGGAAGAGAUGGAAAGCGGGCGGUUGUCGGCGACGCGCCAUCAAUUAUGA